AUGGAGUAUCAGCUCGCUGUCACCGACAAGACAAUCAAGAUUGGCGAUGGGAUCCUGGUGAUGGGGAGAGUGACCCCAGAUGCCAAGAGGUUUGCCAUCAACCUGGGCCGGGAUCGCCACAACCUCCUCCUCCACUUCAACCCUCGCUUUGAGACACGCGACAUUGUGUGUAACUCCAAGGCGUGUGGAGUGUGGGGUCAGGAGCUGCGAGAGUCGCUGUUCCCUUUCCAGCAGGGAGAAGAAGCCAAGAUCUCCAUCUCCUUUGACGCCAGGGCAGUGACGGUGACGAUGCCAGGAAACAAGGAGAUCAAGUUCCCCAACCGGCUCGGGAUGGAUUCUGCACAGUUCUUCUCGGUGGCUGGAGACUUCAAGAUCAAAUCCGUCAAGUUUCUGAACUAUUAUGCUCCCUUUGCAGCUCUGAACUAGCUGGGGGAAAGAAUGUGCAAAUAAAGUCCCGUCUUCCAGA